GUAGAUUUAAGCGCUUGGUAUUAAUGCUUUCUGUUGUUGCUAAAACUCUGUGGAAAGUACUGUCAGCUGGAAACGUGUAUUCGUCAAAAUAUUUCAUAUCUACUUCUAUCGGUUUACAUAAAAAACCUGAAUUGUCAAAUCAUAAUGGAGCUACAAUAAUAUCUAAAGUUACUGGUCAAAAAGAAGAUCUUUGGCAGUUGUAUAACGAGGUCGUUUAUCCGCCUGUACCUAAAGUUUCAAACUCAGUUCUCUGGGAUACUAACAUACGACCAGGUGAAGUUACCCAUCGUCGAGAUGAUAUUUUAUACAGUAGCAAAAAACUGUGGAUGCUAGUCCACUUGAUUCGUGGGCGAUCUGUAGAUGAUGCUUUCGCACAAUUAGGAUUUCGUACUGAAAAGGGAGCUAGAAUCCUUGAAGAGGUGCUAGAAGAAGCUAUUGAGUUAGCAGUUAAGGAGCACGAUUUUGAAUUCUGUACAAAAAUUUGGAUAGAGUCAGCACAUGUUUCACGAGGUCGAAUGGUUCCUCGUUUAUACAAAGGCUUACGAUCUGUUGUACAUAUGAUUAACUUUCACUACACAAAUUUAUAUAUACGUCUCCGAGAAGGUGAUCCUCCGAAAAUUUAUCAUCCAAAUGAAAUCAAAGGUGUUUGGACUCCGGCUGCAACAUGCCCACCAGAAGGCAGACCUUGGGGCUCAACACGAGAAAUGGUACAUCGUGAAUUGGAAAGAUUGCGUGGAAGACGGUUAAAAGGAGAUUUAUAAGUGAAUAUAUAGACAGUUUUUGUAAAAUUACGAUAAACUAGUCGAAAUUUUUAUCUGUACAAAAAACACCUCUUACCAUACAAAAGUAUCAAAUCUUUUCGUCUUCUGAUGACAUGCAUUUUUCUUUGUCAAGUAAAGCAAUUUCUUAAUGAGUCAUUUUUAUAUUAUUAGAAUACUCAAUAUUCUUAAGUACUUAGUGAUUUAGAUUGUUAAUAAACAACCAAUAAAUAAGAUGACAGUGAUGAAAACACUUAAUUGCAAGCUUUAAUCUUCAUUGCUUACAUUGUUACUACGGCAAUGAGUAUCACUACUAAUCUUGAAAUAUAUAUAUAUAUAUAUAUAUAU